ACCCAACCUCUGUCUACAAGUAUCUUCUAUCCCGAAGUAAAUUUUCGCCCGAAAACCGUCGAAGUGCUGGGCCUGUUUAGCGACGACCCGCGGGACUUGAUCACGAUGGAGACAUGCAGCAACGGAGCGAUGUCUACUGCAGGACAGUUGCUUGGGUACACUUUCAAGGUCGAGAUGGAGUUCGAGGUGUGUCUGUUCUUUGUAUUUAUGGGAACGCUAGUCGCUCUCAACUCGCGCAAACGGCGCAACAGAAUCCCAGCGGUGGUAGUCGAUGUGCUAUCCUCUAUCUUCCUACUGUACUCUAGUUACAACCGAACAGUCAUUAUUCGAAACACCGAGCUAACGAAGUGGGUUAGGGACGUUUGUGCAGAGGGAGCGGGGGCUCUAAUAUACAACUACUUGGUUCUUUCCCUGGUGUCAUGGGUAGCAUCCUCCGUCCUAGAGCUCUCGUCUUCUCUGAACCUGGCAAAGCUGUACAAAACCCAGCAGAGAAGGCUAAAUGUCAGGCAUUUCUCUGACUCUGACAUUUGUACUGUGGGGGUUCGUGCAGCGGUCGCUAGGGAGUUUGGCUCAAGAUGCUGUUGUUCUUCUUUUUCUGACUAUUGCUGCCUUUCUACGCCUCACACGGCAACUAAUGGAAGGGGUUACCCUUAUAACUGGCAUAGCUACUAGAGAGUUCAAGUGGCGGAGUCCUAACUCGAAAAUUCUGUUUGGUCGUAUCGCCUUCUCGUCAUUCGUCCUUCUUAUCCACAGCUCCUGUUUAACGUACACAUUUGCAUCUCAGGAGAAAAAGGUUUGGGGCACCGCUCAGUACACCAUCUUUGUGGGGCUCUGUGUUGAUGUCAUCUUUCGCUUGUUUGCUUGUAGCUGGGCAACUCUGAACUCUUGCUGUGUGUCAAGAUUGGCUAAUUUUUUAGCUCACCCUCACUAUCAUACACCCACUAUACUCACACAUGUAGUAAACACUGGUGGUUUUGUAGUCAAUUAUUGGGGUCUAAUUACCCAUACUUUUGUACCAACCCUUGUAUGUCGUUUUAUAUGCCCCAGUGUAAGAUUCAUUUUUGUAAGCAUACCACGGGUUGUAUGUCUUGCUGUUGUUGUUAUAGCGACGCAAUUCACAGUUGCCUGCGGAGCAUACGUCCUACAUUGGCAAGACGAAGAAGAGCAAGUGAAUUAUUACGACGACCCCCUUCUUGAACCCUACCUACCUCGUCAGGUACAAGUGGAAACUGCUACUAGUCCCAUGCACGGGGAAUUAGUUUGUGCCCCUGUAAUUCUUAUCCCGACUGGAUACCGAAACCAUCGUGCGUGUGUUAACUGUUCAGAGCUAGCUGCUCGACAUCAUCUUGCUCGCAGUUCAGACGGCCCGAGACUCGAGCUCGUUCUUCCGUUUCCCCCGAGUCUCGGUGGAGAUGAGUUGCCUCCAGUUUGGUCCCCUACGUUAGACUUUGCCGAUCCGACUGAUGUCGGGACACCAUUCAGUCUCUGUCAGCUCCAAGUAAGGUGUGUAUACAAACUUACGCCUAUGCCAACCACUGAUAGUAUGGUAGUCACCGGUCAUCAGCACUCUCCCAUCUCCCCAUCAUUGUAAUUAACCAUCCAAACCCUUAUCCCAUAUCAAUAUGAACAAAGCGAUACAACAUUAUUUUAACAUUAUCAUUCAUUACCCAAAAAUCAUCCCUGAUAGUUUUCAAUUCACACAUUUCUUUCAGUGUUCAGUGUGUCAGUAUUGGAUGUCUUUAGCAAUGAUCAUGAAACUAUAUACUUGUCAGCAAUUCAGCCAUUUUAUUAUCAGCCUUUUACAACCCUAUCAUGCGCAUGCACAAGAUUGUCGGCUCGCAGAGUCUGCUCAUCUCUGUGGAUUACACAGUCAACCAAAGAUUGUGUGUGACCGAAGUUACUUGUUUUACCGAGCUUGCUUUGUACCUCAGUAUAUAGAAAGAUGAAAGUGGACCGUCAUGGGUUUGCAAUAGAGUGUGUCUUUGGUUCAAAUCCCACCCAGUGUCACUCCUUUUUCAAAGAACUGUCCUAGGUGUAUGUUGUGUUGUGUCGUGUACCCACCUAUAGUUGACAACUUAUGAUCAACAAGAUAU